AUGUCAAAGAGACAGAAGCGAGAGAGCUACCUGCUGGCGCAGCAGCGGCCUGACGGCGCCGUGCCGGAGCUUCCGCAGAAGAAGUUUUACCGGCAGCGAGCCCAUGCGAAUCCGUUUUCCGACCACCAGCUGGUGUAUCCGGCCAGCCCAGAUGCGAUGGAUUGGGCGUCGCUGUAUCCUGACUUCUUUCCUGCUGCCGCCACGGAAGAGCAGCAGCAGCAGGUCGAGGUGGCCGACAUUGGCUGCGGCUUCGGCGGCCUGCUGGUCGGCCUGUCGCCGGUGAUGCCGGAGACGCUGAUUCUGGGCAUGGAGAUCCGCGAUCACGUGACCGAGUUUGUCCAGAACCGCAUCCACGCGCUGCGUGCUCAGGGCCGAGAGGCGGCCGGCGCCGACGAGGAGACAACAACAGGCCCGUCUGCAUUUGCCAACAUUGCCUGCGUCCGGGCCAACACGAUGAAGUUCCUGCCCAACUUCUUCCGCAAGGCCCAGCUGCGCAAGAUCUUUCUCUGCUUUCCCGACCCGCACUUCAAGGCCCGCAAGCACAAGGCCCGCAUCGUGUCGCCCACGCUCGCGGCCGAGUACGCAUACGUCCUCCGGCCCGGCUGCGGCCGCGUCUACACCAUCACCGACGUCGAGGACCUGCACCGCUGGAUGGUCGCCCACUUUGCCGCCCAUCCGGCCUUUGCCCGCCUCUCGCCCGAGGAGGAGGCUGCCGGGGCCGAGGAAGAGGACGGACAGACAGGUAAGAACGGAAAGGACGGAAAGGACGACACAUCCGAUCCCUGUAUUCGCGUCAUGCGCACCGCCACCGAAGAAGGCAAAAAGGUCGCCCGCAACAAGGGCCAGAAGUUCGUCGCCGUCUUUCGCCGCCUCGAGGACCCGCCUUGGCCGACAGACACUUUGUAG